AUGAAACUGGGUUUCAAAUUAACUAAGGGAAGCCUCGUAAGUGCUGAUCGCUGGGUUAUGCUACCUUGGUUUCUACUAAAGGGUAGUACACAUAUGGUGGAGUGGUAUGAAAAUAUCACUACGCCUAAUUUUCGAAUUAAGCCUACGCCUAAGGGCUGGAUUAAUGAUAAAACAGCCCUUUAA